AUGUCUGGACGUGGAAAAGGUGGUAAAGUAAAGGGGAAAACAAAGUCUCGCUCGAAUAGAGCUGGAUUACAAUUUCCAGUUGGCCGUAUUCAUCGAUUGUUACGAAAAGGUAAUUAUGCUGAACGCGUUGGUGCUGGAGCACCUGUUUAUUUAGCUGCCGUAAUGGAGUAUCUUGCUGCUGAAGUUUUGGAAUUAGCUGGUAACGCUGCUCGUGACAAUAAAAAAACCAGAAUUAUACCAAGACAUUUGCAAUUGGCAAUUCGUAAUGACGAAGAAUUGAAUAAAUUGUUAUCUGGUGUGACGAUCGCUCAAGGAGGUGUUUUACCAAAUAUCCAAGCUGUCUUGUUACCCAAAAAAACAGAAAAGAAAGCAUAAUUAAUAAUAGCCGAAUGAGAACGAUCGUUUUCAAGGAUUUAAUAAUAAUGUUUCAGUCUCAUGAAUAUUUCUGAAUGUAUAAACGAUUAAAACGUUUUGAUUGAUUUAUGAACCGUUUUUGGCGGAACGUUCUGAUAAAAGAAUGAAGAGGUUAAGUGCAUUUAGAAAUUGAUACCGAAGCUACUUUAGAAACGUUUACAAGAGAAAAAUUAAAUGGGACCAAAUCUUAGAAGCAUCAAAUAUUUCAAAUCUGAAAUAUUUAAACGAAUGUGUUACAUUUAUUCAAGAUCGAUGAUGGCACUGUCCCAACUCAAUCGCAUUAAAAAUAAAAGAAGCGAUAUUAUGGCACGUUAGAACGUCAUUAAAUACAGCGAAGUGAAACAUAAUUUCUAUCUAAUUUAUUUAAAUAAGACCGAGUGACGAAAUCGACAUAAAUAAUUAUAAGCGUAUAUAUAUAAUAUAUAUAUAUAACUUCUAUGAUCUUCGCGUGAAUAUGAUACACAAAGUGUAGAUUUUCUAUUUAUGUAUAAUCUGUAUGUGUUCCGCUACUUAUAACCAUAGACAAUCCAUACGUGUUACUUUGAAAAUGAUAAAUGACUACUUUUCGCUAUUUCAUAUUUGUCCAUAGUAAAUACUUAUAUGGCUACUCAAUGACUAUGUAUAAUAUGUAUAUAUGUAUACGUGUAAUGUAAAAUAAUAUGUUUUUUUUUUUGCUUUAUAAAGUACAGUACUGUGAGAGAGUACGAUUUACAAGAAAUAAAUUACAUUACAAUGCUA